GAAACCUUUUGUUUUAAUGUUGUGGUGUGUUCAGCGUUGGGCCGUCAUCUCUAAGACUCAGAUGAAGAACACGAAGAAGCUCUUCAGUCGAGAGCAAAUGAAGAAUGAGAGCAAAGAGAAGAAGGAGACUGAAGAUGCUGAACGCAGAGAGAAGAAUCUGGAAGAAGCUAAAACGAUUGUCAUCGAGAACGACCCCAGCCUUCCUGAACCCAAAACCGUGAGAGUUUCCUCAAUUAUGUGCAUUGACUGUAUAAUGGCACUGAGUUAUUCUGCUUUCAAGUAAAGCAUUUUCAGCUGCAUUUUAUACAUGAAAGGUGCUAUAUGAAUAAAAAUUUUUAUU